AUGAAGAACCGCCCACCCAUCACUGACCGGGGACUCUACCUCUUGUUAUCCGCCGGUGCUAUUAUAGCCGGCAGCCUUCUCCUCUCGACUUUCAACGGCGGUGGUGAAAUCCCUCUCUUCUGUAGUGAAUCUAUCCCCGAAGAAUUCUUCCCCUCAACCACCACACCAUUGCAACUCGACGCCAUUCUCCACUACGCCACUUCUCAGGUCGUCCCACAACAAUCGUUAGAAGAGAUCACCGUCUCCUUCGACGUUCUUCAAUCGAUUUCGCCCUGUAAUUUUCUCGUUUUCGGACUCGGUCACGAUUCCCUGAUGUGGGCGUCAUUCAAUCCACUCGGCAAAACCCUAUUCCUGGAAGAAGACCCGACAUGGGUCCGGAGUGUCCUUAAAACCUCACCAGAUCUGAACGCAGUCACCGUCAAUUACCGGACGAAACAAGCCGACGCCUUCGAGCUCCUGAAUUGGUAUCAAUCCGAACCGGAAUGUGCCCCAUCCAAAAGUUAUAUUCGAGGAAACACGCAGUGCAAGUUAGCAAUCACGGGUCUACCAGAUCAUGUCUACGAUCAAGAAUGGGAUAUGAUAAUGAUCGACGCCCCCAGGGGUUAUUUCGAUGAGGCGCCGGGAAGGAUGGGGGCGAUUUACACGGUUGCUGUGAUGGCGAGAAAUCGGAAAAAAUCAGGGGUGACGCAUGUUUUUUUGCAUGAUGUGAAUCGGAAAACUGAGAAAGCUUAUGGGGAAGAGUUUUUGUGUCGGAGGAAUUUGAAGAAGAGCGUCGGAAGAUUGUGGCAUUUUGAGAUACCACCGGCUGCAAAUGUUACCGAUCAGAAUGCUAAGUUUUGCUAG